CCAUUAGCUUCCCUAUAUCGAAAAAUGACUUCGACAGGUUGUCAAAAGAAAAUACAAGUUUCUGUCUUUAAUGAUGUAACACAAAAUCAGUUUGUCAGCGAAAUUUAUCCUAAGAGACUGCCAGUAAUUAUAAGGGGACAAGACAUUGGACCAUGCAUUAAUUGUUGGAAGUCCACAGAAUAUCUAGGGAAAAAGGGAGGAAUCAAAGAGGUCAAAAUACAUGUAUCACCAACUCCACAGAUGGAUUUCAUCAAUAAAAACUUUUUGUACAGAUCUUUGCCAUUCAAUGAAUUAGUAAAGAGAGCAGGAGAAGAUAAACAUACAGAACAUUUUAUAUCAGAAACAGAGAAAUAUUAUUUAAGAGCUGUUGGAGACAAUCCAAGAACAGAUAUAGCAGAUAUAAAUAAACAAUUUCCAGAAUUAGCAGAUGACAUCAGUAUUCCACCAUUCUUCAGUCCAGAUCGCUUUUUCUCAAGUGUUUUUAGAAUAUCAUCAAAUGGUAUACAGUUGUGGACUCAUUAUGAUGUUAUGGAUAAUAUUUUAAUUCAAGUCACAGGAUCAAAAAGAGUUGUGCUGUUCAGUCCACAAGAUGCUAAUUAUAUGUACUUAAAUGGGGACAAGUCAGAAGUGUUAGAUGUUGAUAACCCUGACUUAGAGAAAUAUCCAAAUUUUAUCAAUGCUACCAGAUAUGAAGGAGUUUUACAGGCUGGGGAUAUUUUAUUUAUUCCAGCACUAUGGUUCCACAAUGUGAUAGCAUUAGAAUUUGGUAUAGCAGUUAAUGUUUUCUGGAAACAUUUAGAUGACAAUUUGUAUGAUAACAAAGAUACGUAUGGUAACAAAGACUUAACGCCCGCUAGUAGAGCCAUGCAGAUCAUGGACAGAGCUAUGAAAGCACUAGAGGAAUUACCAGAGGGUUAUAAAGAUUUUUAUGCCAGGAGACUUAUUACAAGAAUUGAGAGGAAAUGUUUACAAAGGUCAUUUCCCCCUUAACUAUUAAAUAAAACAUUUUACAUUG